AUGGCCUCAUUCAUGACAUCCCCCAAGUUUGCUGUACUCAUUGACGCCGACAAUGCCAGCCCUUCCAUGGCUGGCUCUGUGCUCACAGAGAUCGCCAAGUACGGCACAACCGUCGCCAAACGUGCUUAUGGAGACUGGACUGGGACAGCAUUAAACCAAUGGAAAAUACGCCUUCUGGAACAGUCUAUCCAGCCAAUGCAGCAGUUUGCCUAUACCACAGGGAAGAACUCAACCGAUUCAGCCAUGAUUAUCGAUGCUAUGGAUCUUUUGUAUUCAAACAAAUUCAACGGCUUCUGCAUAGUGUCUAGUGAUAGCGAUUUUACUCGGCUGGCUGUUCGAAUACGAGAGUCGGGUUUGGUAGUCUUUGGAUGUGGAGAGAGAAAAACGCCAAAGCCUUUUGUCACAGCUUGCGACAAGUUUAUUUAUGUUGAGAAUCUGGUGUCAAUGACUGGGCCAGCCAAAUUUGGAAUGUCAGUAGCUGGGCCAUCCAGUGCUCGUUCCUCUGUUGCAGGGCUCAUUAGCGUCGGUCCAUCGAUUGCCACAUCUGUUGAAGGUCUAGCAGUCAACACAUCGUCAACAGAGCAGAAUGGAGAGGACAAGGCUCAGAUUGAUGCUUCGAGUAAGAAUACACAAGUGGAGGGAGCUCAGAUGCCGGAACCUCCGAUGCAUGGCAACUCAACACCUGAGCACCAACUACUUGAUUCGACGACGAUUGGAUGGUUACGAGAGGCUGUAGAAGUGUCUUCUGACGAUUCAGGAUGGGCUCUGCUUGAGGAAGUUAAUUCACUUAUGGUCCAGUGGCAUUCUGACUUUGACCCGCGCACGUACGGGUGCAGCAAGCUCAGCACGCUGUUGAUAUCUACAAGUCACGUUGAACUCUCACGUCGAAGUCCUGGAAAAAAGGGGUCGAAUGCAGUAUACGUCCGAUGGCUCAAUGACUAA